UCUACAGGCGGUCACAUUGUUUCUACCCGUCGAAACCCGAGGAACGAACGUCGCGUUUUAAAAAACAAAUCAUCAAACGACUCGGACGCGAAAUCUAAGCGACUAGCGAAAAAAGUUUCCAGUUGAAUCUGUAAAUUAUCAAGUGAACUAAAACGAUAAGCUAACAAAUCACAUAUUUCGCCUUCCCUCCACAAAUGUUUUCGGCCAGCAAAAUUGCUUGUUAAGUUAAUGCUGCAUAUAUGACAGGCCCACACGACAUCGACAUCGACUGAGACAAAAUGAGCCGCCAACACCAGCGGCACCACCCGCAGCAGCAGCACCAUCAUCACCACCUGCCGCCGCAGCAGCAGCAGCAGCAGCAGUUGCAGCAGCAUCAGCAGCAGUUGACGGCGCAGCAGCAGCAGCAACAGCAACUGCUGAUGGCGGAACAUGCGGCGGCUGCAGAGGCGGCGGAGCUGUUCGACCUGCUCUGCGUGGCCACCACGAUGCGCCAGAUCCUGGCGCUCCAUCGCGCCAUGUGCGAGGCAGUGGGUCUGCGGCCGUCGCCCCUCAACGACUUCUAUCCGCGGCUGAAGGCCAAGGUGCGUUCGUGGAAGGCGCAGGCGCUGUGGAAGAAGUUCGACGCACGAGCGGCCCAUCGGGUUUAUGGAAAGGGAGCAGCCUGCUCCGGCACCCGAGUCCUGGUCAUCGGUGCGGGGCCGUGUGGCCUGCGCACCGCCAUCGAGGCCCAGUUGCUGGGAGCCAAGGUGGUGGUGCUGGAGAAACGCGAUCGAAUCACCCGCAACAACGUGCUCCACCUGUGGCCCUUCGUCAUCACGGAUCUGCGCAAUCUGGGAGCGAAGAAGUUCUAUGGGAAGUUCUGCGCCGGCUCCAUCGACCACAUCUCCAUCCGGCAGCUGCAGUGCAUGUUGCUCAAGGUGGCGCUGCUCCUGGGCGUCGAGAUCCACGAGGGCGUCAGCUUCGAGCACGCAGUGGAGCCAUCCGGCGACGGUGGUGGCUGGAGGGCAGCCGUCUCGCCCGCCGAUCACGCCGUCUCCCACUACGAGUUCGAUGUGCUGAUCGGAGCGGAUGGCAAGCGGAAUAUGCUGGACUUCCGCAGGAAGGAGUUCCGCGGCAAGCUGGCCAUCGCCAUCACGGCGAACUUCAUCAACAAGAAGACGGAGGCGGAGGCCAAAGUGGAGGAGAUCAGCGGGGUGGCCUUCAUCUUCAACCAGGCCUUCUUCAAGGAGCUCUACGGCAAGACGGGCAUCGAUCUGGAGAACAUCGUCUACUACAAGGAUGAGACGCACUAUUUUGUGAUGACGGCCAAGAAGCACAGUCUGAUUGACAAGGGCGUCAUCAUCGAGGACAUGGCGGAUCCCGGCGAGCUCUUGGCCCCUGCGAAUGUGGACACGCAGAAGCUGCACGAUUAUGCCCGCGAGGCGGCCGAGUUCUCCACCCAAUACCAAAUGCCCAACCUGGAGUUCGCCGUCAAUCACUACGGCAAACCGGAUGUGGCCAUGUUCGACUUCACCUCGAUGUUCGCCGCCGAGAUGUCCUGCCGUGUGAUUGUGCGCAAGGGCGCUCGACUGAUGCAGUGCCUCGUGGGCGACAGCCUGCUGGAGCCCUUCUGGCCCACGGGAUCGGGCUGUGCCCGGGGUUUCCUGUCCAGCAUGGACGCGGCCUAUGCCAUCAAGCUGUGGUCCAACCCGCAGAACAGCACUCUCGGUGUGCUGGCCCAACGGGAGAGCAUCUACCGGCUGCUCAAUCAAACUACUCCGGAUACGCUGCAGCGGGACAUUAGUGCCUACACCGUGGACCCUGCCACCAGGUAUCCGAACCUGAACAGGGAGUCGGUCAACAGCUGGCAGGUGAAGCACCUGGUGGACACGGAUGACCCGUCCAUUCUGGAGCAGACCUUCAUGGACACGCACGCCCUGCAGACGCCGCAUCUGGACACUCCAGGCAGAAGGAAGCGACGCAGUGGAGACCUUUUGCCCCAGGGAGCCACUUUGCUAAGAUGGAUUUCCGCACAGCUGCAUGCCCAUCAGUUUAUUCCGGAGCUGAAGGAGGCUUCGGAUGUGUUCCGCAAUGGACGAGUGCUCUGUGCACUCAUCAAUCGCUAUCGUCCUGAUCUCAUCGACUUUGCUGCCACCAAGGACAUGAGUCCCAUGGAGUGCAAUGAGCUGGCCUUCGCCGUUUUGGAGCGUGAACUGCACAUCGAUCGCAUCAUGAGCGCCAAACAGUCGCUGGACUUGACCGACGUGGAAUCGCGCGUCUGGCUGAACUAUUUGGACCAGAUCUGCGAGCUGUUCCGCGGCGAAAUCCCGCACAUCAAGCACCCGAAAAUGGACUUCAGUGAUCUGCGCCAGAAGUAUCGCAUCAACCACACGCACGCCCAGCCAGACUUCUCCAAGCUGCUGGCGACGAAGCCCAAGGCCAAGUCACCCAUGCAGGAUGCGGUGGAUGUUCCCACGACGGUCCAAAGGCGCUCGGUUCUCGAGGAGGAGCGGGCCAAGCGGCAGCGCCGCCACGAGCAGCUCCUGAAUAUCGGGGGAGCGGCAGCGGGAAGCUCCGCCGGCGCUGCUGGGAGCGGAACGGGCACCCAAACGCAUCAGGGUCAAAACGACACGCCACGUCGAUCGAAGAAGCGCCGCCAGGUCGACAAAACCGCCAAUAUUGAGGAGCGCCAGCAACGCUUGCAGGAGAUCGAGGAGAAUCGGCAGGAGCGGAUGAGCAAGCGGCGCCAGCAGCGCUACCACCAGACGCAGAACUUCUACAAGAGCCUGCAGCUCCUGCAGGCGGGCAAACUUUUGCGGGAGGGUGGCGGUGAGGGCUUGGGGGUGUCGGAGGACGGCAGCCCCUUCGAGGACUACUCGAUAUUCCUCUACCGCCAGCAGGCGCCCGUCUUCAACGAUCGCGUGAAGGACCUCGAGCGGAAGCUUCUGUUUCCCGAUCGCGAACGUGGAGAUAUUCCCUCGGCAUUGCCGCGUACGGCGGAUGAGCAGUUCAGCGAUCGAAUCAAGAACAUGGAACAGCGGAUGACUGGAAGAGGUGGCCUGGGAGGUGACAAGAAGCCCAAGGAUCUGAUGCGAGCCAUCGGCAAGAUCGACUCAAACGACUGGAAUGUGCGUGAGAUCGAAAAGAAAAUCGAGCUGUCCAAGAAGACCGAGAUCCAUGGCCCAAAGGGUCGUGAGAAGGUGCCAAAAUGGAGCAAGGAGCAGUUCCAGGCUCGCCAGCACAAGAUGUCCAAGCCACAGCGCCAGGACUCGCGGGAAGCGGAGAAAUUCAAGGACAUCGAUCAGACCAUCCGGAAUCUCGAUAAGCAACUGAAGGAGGGCCACAAUCUGGACGUUGGCGAACGGGGUCGCAACAAGGUGGCCUCCAUUGCCGGCCAGUUUGGCAAAAAGGACGAAGGCAACUCGGAUGAGAAGAACGCGGGCAGCAGCAAUGCCACCACCAACACCAACAACACAGUCAUACCCAAAUCUAGUUCCAAGGUGGCGCUGGCCUUUAAGAAACAGGCUGCCUCCGAAAAGUGCCGCUUCUGCAAGCAAACCGUUUACCUGAUGGAGAAGACCACCGUUGAGGGUUUGGUUCUGCAUCGCAAUUGCCUUAAGUGCCACCACUGCCACACCAAUUUGCGGUUGGGAGGAUACGCCUUCGAUCGGGACGAUCCGCAGGGUCGCUUCUACUGCACCCAGCACUUCCGGUUGCCGCCCAAGCCGCUGCCCCAACGCACCAAUAAGGCCAGGAAAUCAGCUGCCGCUCCACCUGCCACGAGUGCCGCACCACCAACAGCGGGCACUUCGCCCGCUGCAGCUGCAACUGCUGAGCCCAUGGACACCACGCCGCCCAGGGACCAAGUGGAUCUGCUGGAGACCUCGCGAGCCACUGCCUCCGCCGACGCGAUGUCCGAUGACGAGGCCAAUGUCAUCGAUGAGCACGAGUGGUCGGGCCGCAACUUCCUGCCCGAAUCGAACAAUGAUUCGCAAUCAGAGCUCUCCAGCUCGGAUGAAUCGGACACCGAGUCGGACUCGGAGUUGUUCGAGGAGGCGGAUGAUUCGCCUUUUGGUGCUCAGACCCUUCAACUUGCGUCGGAUUGGAUUGGCAAGCAGUAUUGCGAGGAUAGCGAUGACUCCGAUGAUUUCUACGAUUCUAGUGAAGGUAUUGCGGAUGAUGGUAAGGAUGACACCGAGGGCGAGGAGUUCAAGAAGGCCCGAGAAUUGCGACGCCAAGAGGUUCGACUGCAACCCUUGCCUGCCAAUUUGCCCACGGAUACGGAGACCGAGAAGCUUAAGUUAAGCGUAGACAAUAAGGAGAAUGUGGCCGAUGUUAUUUCUCUAAAAUCGGCCAACUCCUUUGAGUCCGCCCGUAGUCAACCCACCACGCCGCUGGCCACGCCCACUCGUGUUGAGGUAGAGCAACUGGAACGGAAUGCUCCUCGUAAGUUUAGCAGUGAGAUUGAGGCAAUCAGCGAGAAAUUGUAUCACAUGAACAACAUGGUGAAGAUGAACAAGGACCUCGAGGUGCUGGCCAAGGAGAAUCUGGUCAAGAGUGAUAUCCUUAAGAAGCUCACGCUGAAGGAAAAGUGGCUGGCGGAGAAUGCAGCCAUAGCAGCUGGCCAAAAAGUGACUCCAAGUCCAAGUGCUGCUGCAUCUGUCCUUAAACCCAAGUCGAAGUUUGAUGAAAAGUUCGAGAAGGUGGUGAGUCCACUUCCACCUGUGGUAGAACCCAAACCCAAACCGGUAAUUGAUUUCAAUUUGGAUGAGCUGAAGCCGCGUAAACCAAACUUUGAGGAGCGACCCAAGGAUCAGCUGCCCAAGCCAGAGGGUUUAAAGAAACUUAAGCAAGAGAAGGCUAAAGGAAACAGCACCAAUGUGAGCCGUUCCAACAGCUUGAAAAGCAAUGGGAGCACCGGAAGUCCAAAGGUGAAGAAAGCACCCAUUCCCACCGAAAGUAAAAUGCAAAUUGAAGGGAUCCUGGGCACAAUAAAGAAGCUGCAACGCCAAAACAGCAGCGAUCAGGAUGAUGACAUGGAUGUGGAUGUCGAUGAGGAAGUGGAGAGGAAACCCAACAAACAGCUGAACAACAAACUGAAGGAAAUCCAAGCCAGCAGUUUUGCAGGCACCAUGGAUCACAUUAAAUCUCAGCUGACAAUGCCCACUGUAAGUGCACAGGCACCGCCAACCAUGGACCUUUCCAAGUAUUUUCCCAACCAGAAACAAGAGAAGAGCUCUGCCAGCAGCACAAAUAAAAAUCAGGUUACCCUCAAAGAUGUAAAUCUGGCCAAGUAUUUUCCCAGCAGUCCGGCUCCGCAGCGAAGAACCGUGGAAACGGUGGCCGAUCGAUUGAAGAAAUCGCAGACUGAGGCUUCGCUAGCCAAAUCCAAACUCCAGGAGGAGAAGACCAAAAACCAGGAGCAGAAACCUGGGCAGGCCAAGAAGAGCCCCGAAAAAGUAGCGGACUCCAAGCCAGUUCCCCCUAAACGACAAGCUUCAUUGGACACCUUUAGUUUAAGAGAGCAUCAGAUGGAUGGAGCACUCGACCUGACCAAAAAGAAGGCUCCCACAAAGGCUACCUCCGUGGUUAAGAAACCCGCCAAAUUGGGAAGCAGCACGACCCUGACGAAAGCCACAGCCACCUCUAAAGGAAAAACUAUAAAGAUUGUUAAGAAAAUUGUGCCCAAGGGAACCAAAGCCAAAAAGGCAGCAGCCCAAGAAGCCGCUGCAGUUGAAGUUCCUCCAGAAAAAGAACCCCCGAAAGAUGAGGCUGAAAGGAUAUGGGAUGAAAUCCUGGGAGAUGGAGCAGAGCGGUCGCCAAGUUCCGAGUAUCAGCGAUUGUUUCAAGAUGAAAAGUCACCCAGCGAUCUGUCGGAUAAUAUUGAUCGGAUUCUAGAGGAAACUGGCUUGGAUCUGGAAUUGGGUCUCCCCAAACGUAGUAGUAAGAAACUAGUUAAAACCAAAUCCCUUGGCGAAGGAGAGUUCGAUUCGAAGCCUUCGAAAGAAAGACUGACUGGCGUACAAAACAUCCUCAAGCGAUUCGAGUCCAUGAGUUCGGUUACCUCGCAAAAUAGCGAUGAGCAAGCGGCGUUCAAAUUGCGACGCAUGGAAUCAACUACCAGUAAUCUAAGUAGUUUGACUCGAUCUAGGGAAUCUCUGGUUUCAGCAAGUGAUUCAAUGAGCGAUUUGGAGAAGACCAUGGAUUAUCUGCGAAAUGAGUGGCGAAACGAGGCCACCAACUUUCUGCAAAGAAAACGAGACAAGUUCUAUGCCCAGAAGGAUGAACAGCAAAAGGAGGCAAAGGAGAAAGCCAAACCAGAUCCUGUACUCGAUCUCCCUGUGCAAUAUCGCGAUUCCAAACUGGCCAAGUUCUUUGGCCUUGCCACUCGUAAAUCACCCGAGAAGCGAAAGUCUCCCAUCAAGAAAAAGAAAUCCCCCACUAAAGCAGCAAAGGUGACUAAAACAAAUAAUUCAUUGGAGGAACUGGCCAAAAUCAGUAGCGUUCGUCAGGCGAAACAGGAUCAAAAGAAGAAGGUGCCAAAGGUUGUGGAGCCGAAGCCCCCAAAACCAGCCACUCCUGUUCCCGACGACUUUGAGAUUCUUGAUUUGCUCGAAAAAGCGACAGAGGCUAAAGAGUUGGAACGUUCAAAGACCAAAAGUCCGGCUGUGGAACCGAUUAAGGAGGAGAUUAAGGAGGAGCCGAAAGAAGCUAUAGUAGAAAUACCCCUACCCAUAGAAGACAUUAAAAACCUACCGAAAACCGGGUGUGAUAAAUCCUUAAACAAUUCACGUCGUGGUUCUCAAUCCAGUAUAGUAAUGUCUCGUCGACAAUCGGAUAUUUCCCUGAACGAGAAGCUUAAUCAGGAAGCACUAGUUGCCUUGACCAAUUUGGAAAGGGAAAGGGAAGCGGAGCAAGUAGAUGAUCUUUUCCAAACAAUGGUAGAGGAAUUGGCCCAUGAACCAGAGCCCAUUGCCAUUGCUGAGCCUUUGGAUGAGGACAUCGAUGCGGAUUCCCUGUGCACCACAAUCAGCAAGAGUCCCAGUGUCCAACCCAUCACAGUUGUUAAACGGGGCAGUUCCGAGGAUCAGAGCAUUGAGAAGCUAUUCGGCCACUUCUCCGAUGAAAUGCUGGUGAAUGUGGAUUUCGAUUCCAAUGACGAACUGGUGGGCAUUACACCAAGGGCCGACCUCGUUUCCAGAAACACAGCUGAUAGAGAUUUCCUGGAUAAACUGGAAUCCUUAGAGCGCGAUGAGGAGUCUUUCCAACCGGUUGGAGAAGAGAAGUUCAAACAGGUUAAUGACUUGGAUGAAGUGGAUGCCAUGCACUUUCCAUCGCGACCACAGCGCAGGCAGAAAAGCAGUUCCUCCUCCAGUGAACCAUCUCUUCCAGUGGCUCCUCAAAGGUUAAAGAAGAAGUUAUCGAAACUUGAUCCUGAGGAUAUGGCUCCUUCUGUGCAGGAUCUUCUUCACCAGGUUUACAUUAAGAAUUUAGAGCCGCAAGUUAUGGAAGUGGUGCCUGUUGAAGGUAAACAAACUUUGAGAUUCCCAAGCAUGUUGGUGGAGGAAAAUGUGGAUGAGGUGGAUCAUCCCAAGACAUUAAACAAAGAAAAUGACUCACCUCCAAAAAAAGCAGUUGAAGUGAAAGUUAACCAACCGGAAGAGGUUCCUCAGGAGGUUUCCAGCCCCCAAAAACCAAUAAGCCAAAGUAAUUCCCUCAAGAGCGAAAGCUCCUCAGUCAGCAGUUUAGUGGAGAUACCCAAGAUUAUAACGCCACCCAAAUCGAGUAGCAAGGAGAACUCCUCUGAUUGGGAUAUGGAAAAGAUGCCUGCAUCGCCGAUGCCACGAAGGCGGUUGCCAAUCAAAACUCCUAGCGUGGCCAGCAAGGAGAGCUCCUUGGAGUGGGACAUGGAGAAGCUGCCCAACAGUCCCAUGCUUCCAAGGAGAAACAAAAUGCGACCCAUUUCCCCUGGCACCAGUCCAGUGCAACUUCUAAACAAUCUAACCACCGAUGCAGAUGAAGAGGCAGCUCAGAAACGCCUCAUCGAGGAUUUCGAGCAGGAGAGAAGACAGGCUUUGAUCAAAAGGGAUGAGAGCUUCGAAACCAUUGCGGCAGAGCAGCGAAGACGUGAUUCCCUGCAGAGCAGCAGCAAUUCGAGUGGCAAACGCAGCCUGCCACCACCAACGCCACCCAUGACGAUGGCAUCCCGACGAGGCACCACCCAGGACACGAAUCGCACCCAGGACACGGCCACGCGGCACGAAGGAACGCCCCCCAUGUUCAAGAAACUGGAUGUCGAUGGCAGUGGCACGUCCAUGGACUCCACCGCCUGCUCCACGCGACGCAGCUCGUUUGCAUUUAUAGAGUUACAGGACAACAAGCCGGUGAUUGUGCCCAUGCCCAAGAAGCUUAAGUUACCCAAACCGGAGCAGCCCAGGUUUGUUCCCGAACCGGUGGCAGUGGAUGAGCCCGUGCCCGAGGUGUUCCAGGGCCGCUCUUGGCCCAAGGCACAGCUUGAAGGGGAGGGGGAUCUCGAGGAUCUGGAUGAGGAGGAUCAGGCAGAGAAGCUAAAGAAACAGCUUCCCGAAUAUGCUCGUUCGGAUUCCCCGCCAUCGGCAGCUUUUAAGAACCGCAAGUGGCCGGAUGGCAAGACCGUAUUUGAUAAGCGGGCUGAAUCUCUAGAGGAGGAGGAUAUUUUUGCAGGUCUACUCUCCAUUAAGAAAAGAGGUUCUCAAAGAUUCAAGGAUAAACCCCGCUCCCAGUCUCCACAACCCUUCAAACCUUUGGCCAACAGCUCACGGCAGAGUUCAAAGUCAUAUAGUGAUUUGAAAAAAGGUCCCUCCAUGCAAUCUCUGUCAGCACAAUCCAGUCAAGACACGGACACCCUGUCCACCACCACCACAGUGGCGACUGCUCGUCCCGUAAGCUACUCCCACUAUGAGGAUCCCAUGGAUGCCAGUACAAAAGCCUUGCUGGAUCGCAGCAAACGGUUGCACAAUCGCAAAAGGGAUUUCGUUAACGAAAGAGUGGUGGAACGCAAUCCCUACAUGAGGGAGGUGCUGCGAAGCACGGAUCGCAGGGAUUACGACGACGUGGAUGAGGAUCUGACCAGCUACAGGCCAAGAAAUUACGCCAGUUCCACGCUCAAUCGAUUCCCGAAUACCUCAACCAGGAAGAGCAAUAACUACGACUACCUCAGUCCAAGCAGUGAUUACCUGACCAGGAGAUCAUACAACAUACCGAGCAGCAGUGCCACCAGCAGCUAUUAUCCGUCGACCACGAGGAGCUCCCAUUUGAGCGAUCUGUUCCGAAGACGCAGCCCCGGAUCCGGAUCGGGAUCCGGACUUUCCGGCUACGGCAGCAAAGAGUCGUGCGUUCAAACCGAGUCCGAGAGCACUUCGCCCGACGAGGUGGAGCUCAACUCUGCCACUGAGAUUUCCACCGACUCAGAGUUCGACAACGAUGAGAUUAUACGCCAGGCGCCCAAAAUCUUCAUCGAUGAUACCCAUCUAAGAAAGCCCACAAAGGUCCAGAUCAAGUCCACCAUGAUCGGACCCAAUGCAGCCGCUGCCGGACUCCACCAAAAGCAGCUGGCGGCGCGGGAGAAGGGCGGCAGUUACCUCCAGAAAUACCAACCACAACCGCCGCUGCCGCAGUUCAAGCCGCUGGUCCAGGUGGAUCCCACCCUGCUCAUCAGCACUCAGCGUGCUCCUCUGCAGAAUCCUCGGCCAGGAGAUUAUCUACUUAACAAGACGGCCAGCACAGAGGGCAUUGCCUCCAAGAAGAGCCUGGAGUUGAAGAAACGCUAUCUCCUGGGCGAACCUGCCAAUGGCAAUAAGAUACAGAAGUCGGGAUCCACAUCGGUGCUGGACUCGCGCAUCCGCAGCUUCCAGUCGAACAUCUCGGAGUGCCAGAAGCUGUUGAAUCCCAGCAGUGACAUCAGUGCAGGCAUGCGCACCUUCCUCGAUCGCACAAAGUUGGGCGAGGGCAGUCAACCAGCUGGACAGACCAACGAACUGAUGCGCUCCGCCACCAGCAAUGUGAUUAACGAUCUGCGCGUGGAACUCCGGAUACAGAAGGCUCCCUCCAGUCACUCCACGGAUAACGAGAAGGAGAAUGUGUUCGUCAACUGCAAGAACGAACUGAACAAGGGAAUGGAGUACACGGAUGCGGUGAAUGCCACGCUGCUGGACCAGCUGGCCAGAAAGAGUUCGCCCACCACUCCCACGAACAACAAGACGGUGAUUGAAGUUAUUGAUCUGGUGACCCCUGAGAAACCGGUGGAAAUCAUAGAUCUCACUGCGUUGGAAACGCCCAAGAAGCAGUUGGUGGAUGGUGGCGGUAUGGACGUGGAUGAUCGCCUAACACCCGACAGCAACAAGAUAAGCGAACUGCAGCAGGAGGUGAAGGAGGAACCCAAACCGGAUGUUUCCCGGGAUGUGAAGGAGUGCAUCCCAGACAUACUGGGGCACAUCAAGGAGGGAACGGGAGCGAAGGAGCAGGGCGGCGAGGAGCAGCAGAGUCUUCUUGAGCAGUCGGACGAGGAGAAGCGCGACUCUCCGGAGAAGGAGGUGGCCGAGCAAGAGCUUUACGAACCGGACAGUGUGCAAAUCCAAGUGCCGAAUAUCCCGUGGGACAAGGCCAAGCCGGAGGUGAUGUCCACCACUGGUAGCAGUGGAUCCAUGUGCUCCAGUUCAGAUUCGUCCAGCAUCGAAGAUAUUCAGCAUUAUAUACUGGAGUCCACCACUAGUCCGGAUACCCAAACAGCGGGUGGGAAGCACAAUGUGCCCCGUCUGGAGGUGCACGACACUAGUGGCGCCCUGAUGCAGGUGGACAGCCUGAUGAUUGUGAACGGAAAGUACAUUGGGGAUCCCGAGGAUGUCAAGUUCCUGGACAUGCCCGCCAAUGUGAUUGUUCCACCUGCUGCGGCUGUUAAAACCAGUGAGCUGGAGAUGGAGGAUGACCACGAGGUGGAACCAGUGACUGCUACUCCUGAGCCAGCAGAAUGCACGGUGAUCGAAGCGGAACGUAAGGUAACUCAACCACCUCCUCUGCCCGAGAUGGGACCACCAAAACUGAAGUUCGACAGCAAGAACGAGAACAAAAUCGAGAGCCUGAAGAACCUUCCUCUGAUCGUGGAGAGCAAUGUGGAGCACAGUCAGGCGGUGAAGCCCAUUACGCUUAAUUUGAGCAGCUUGGCCAGGACUCCAGACACACCAACCACUCCCACGGCACAUGAUAGCGAUAAAACGCCCACAGGAGAGGUGCUCUCCCGCGGAUCCGAUUCGGAAACUGAGCCGACGGGUACUGGACAGGUGCUCACGGAAACGGAACUCUCCGACUGGACGGCGGACGACUGCAUUUCGGAGAACUUUGUGGACAUGGAGUUUGUGCUGAACUCGAACAAAGGAACAAUCAAGCGGCGCAAGGAGCGACGACGUGGAGCCAACAAGCUACCCAGUGGUAAUCAGGUUAUCCAUGAGCUGGCCAAACAGGCACCUGUGGUGCAGAUGGACGGAAUCCUCAGUGCCAUCGAUAUCGAUGACAUUGAGUUCAUGGACACGGGUUCGGAGGGUUCCUGUGCAGAGGCAUACUCUGCCACAAAUACCGCUCUCAUCCAGAACAGGGGCUACAUGGAGUACAUUGAGUCGGAACCGAAGAAGACGACACGCAAGGCAGCUCCGCCAUCCAGUUACCCAGAAAACCUUCCACCCUUGGUGACGAAGCGAGACGAGAAACUGGGCAUUGAUUAUAUUGAGCAGGGAGCGUACAUAAUGCACGAUGAUGCCAAAACCCCUGUGAACGAGGUGGCUCCCGCGAUGACCCAAUCCUUGACAGAUUCUAGUACCCUGAAUGAACUAGACGACGAUAGCAUGACUGGAUUGGGUUUAUCCCAGACUCAGCCAACUACAACGGAGGAAAGCGAGGCGUUGACGGUGGUCACCAGUCCACUGGACACCUCAUCGCCGCGAGUGCUCGAUCAAUUUGCCUCCAUGUUGGCAGCCGGCAAGGGUGAUUCCACGCCCAGCAGCUCGGAGCAACAACCAAAGACCUCAACGGUGACGACCAGCAGCAGUGGACCCAAUUCCUCGACGCCAGGAAAUGCACCCAAAGAGGUCGCUCCUCAAGAGGAGGACCUGCAGAUCCAGUUCGAGUAUGUGCGUGCUCUGCAGCAGCGCAUCUCGCAGAUCAGCACCCAGAGGCGCAAGAGCUCCAAGGGUGAGGCGCCCAACCUGCAGGCGAACGCCAAUGCACCUGUGAUAGAAUCAGUCGAGGAUCAGCCGAAGCUCGCCGAGGAACCGGUGGCCUCGAUGCGACCGCGGAGCACCAGCAUCUCCGGCAAGGUACCUGAGAUUCCCACGCUCAGCAGCAAGCUGGAGGAGAUCACCAAAGAGCGCACCAAGCAGAAGGAUCUCAUCCACGAUCUGGUAAUGGACAAGCUCCAAUCGAAGAAGCAACUAAACGCUGAGAAGCGCUUGCACCGGAGUCGCCAGCGGAGUUUGUUGACCAGCGGUUAUGCCAGUGGUGCCAGUCUGAGUCCCACGCCCAAGUUGGCAGCUGCUUGCAGUCCGCAAGACUCCAACUGCUCCAGCCAGGCGCAUUACCAUGCCUCCACGGCGGAGGAGAGACCGAAACCGCCGGCGGAGAGGCCACUGCAAAAGUCCGCCACUUCCACCUACGUGUCGCCCUAUCGAACUGUCCAGGCGCCAACUCGAAGUAAUGAUCUUUACAAGCCGCGGCCAUUUAGCGAGCACAUCGAUUCGAAUGCCUUGGUGGGCUACAAACUGGGCAAGACGGCUUCGUUUAAUGGUGGAAAACUGGGUGACUUUGCCACUCCAAUUGCUCCGGUGAGAGUAAAUCGAGUAGGAACAGUUAAACCGGAUGUCGCCAACAUUUCUGCCUCGACGGAGAAUCUGAGGAGCGAGGCCAGAGCCAGGGCUCGUCUCAAAUCCAACACUGAACUGGGUCUCAGUCCCGAGGAGAAGAUGCAGUUACUCCGCUCUCGUUUGCACUACGACCAAAACAGAUCACUGAAACCAAAGCAACUGGAGGAGAUGCCGUCGGGUGAUCUGGCGGCACGUGCCCGCAAAAUGAGCGCCUCGAAGAGCGUCAACGAUCUGGCCUACAUGGUGGGUCAGCAGCAACAGCAGCAGCUGGAAAAGGAUGCCGCACUUCAGGCCAAAGCGGCUGACUUCACAUCCGAUCCGAAUUUGGCAGCCGGCGGCCAGGAGAAGGCAUCGAAAACGAAGUCCGGACGCAGGCCAAAGGAUCCGGAGCGACGGAAGAGUCUCAUUCAGUCGUUGUCCAGCUUCUUCCAGAAGGGAUCCUCAUCCGCGGCCACCAGUCCCAAGGAGCAAAGCGGUCCUGUGGCUGCCGGCCACUCUGAGCAGUCAGAGCGACCCGGCACCAGCAGCAGUGGCACGCCCACCAUCUCGGAUGCGGCGACUGGAGGCGGAGGAGGAGGAGGUGGAGGUGGCGUCUUCAGUCGAUUCCGCAUCUCGCCCAAGUCCAAGGAGAAGUCUAAGGACAAGGAUAUGCUCGUCUGUAAUGCCACAACUGCAGCAGGAGCCACAUCUCAGACAAAACACUCGCAAGAGUAUCUGAACACCUCAAACAACAGUCGCUACCGAAAGCAAACGAACACUGCGAAACCGAAACCCGAAUCGUUCUCUUCAUCCAGCCCGCAGCUCUACAUACACAAGCCCCACCACUUGGCCGCCGCUCAUCCAAAUGCCCUGGACGACCAGACACCACCGCCCAUACCGCCUCUGCCACUGAAUUAUCAGAGAUCCGAUGAUGAGAGCUACGCUAACGAGACACGAGAGCAUAAGAAGCAACGUGCCAUAUCGAAGGCUUCACGACAAGCUGAGCUCAAGCGAUUGCGAAUCGCUCAAGAGAUUCAGCGGGAACAGGAGGAGAUCGAGGUGCAGCUGAAGGACCUGGAGGCACGCGGAGUGCUCAUUGAGAAGGCCCUGCGGGGCGAGGCGCAGAACAUUGAAAACCUGGACGCGACCAAGGACAACGAUGAGAAGCUACUAAAGGAACUUUUGGAGAUUUGGAGGAACAUCACAGCACUCAAAAAACGCGAUGAGGAACUGACUAUAAGGCAACAGGAGCUGCAACUGGAAUAUAGGCAUGCCCAGCUCAAGGAAGAGCUCAAUUUGCGACUGUCCUGCAACAAACUGGACAAAAGCUCCGCCGAUGUGGCCGCCGAGGGUGCGAUACUAAAUGAAAUGCUGGAAAUUGUGGCCAAGCGAGCUGCUCUACGACCUACAGCCUCCCAACUUGACCUCACGGCAGCGGGAUCGGCAUCGACCUCAGCCGAGGCAACGGGCAUCAAACUAUCCGGACAACUGCAUGACCACGAAGAAUCAAAUAUUUGAAUAGCAAACUUUCCCUGGAGUCUGUUGGUCUACGAAGUUGUGCACGGACUGUUAAGCCUUAAUACUUAAAAUGAAACAGGGGAAAACGUACCAAAAAGUCAGCUGAAUAUGAACAAUUAACAAUACUAAAACCCAUGAGCUGUAACCGAAACGAGCAACUAACUAAUCAGAGUGAUUAAGCUGGCAGAGAACAAUUUCAAUAUAUUUAAGUAGAGAGCCUAACUAAUUUCGGAAAGGAACGCAAGGUUAAUGUAAAAAACAGGCAGAGAAGAAAUCAAAACCAAAAACUAAUUUCGCAAUUUGAAAAUAAGGAGUACGUUUGUUUUCGAGAAUACCUUUAGUUUCGUAUUCAACCUAAUUGUAUGUUUAGUUAGUCGUUGCCACUGAAAUCUGUCUGAUCUUUGUAUGUCCUAUGCAAUAUGUUGUGUUUUUAUUUAAUGUAAUGCGUUGAUUUGAUUGUGUAAGGUGAACAAUGUGCAAAGGGAUUGUGAUUUUGAGCAAUUGUAAAUGGUGUAUUUGAGUUUUCUUAGGUUAUUUUCACUUAGCGAUUGUUUGUCGACUUCUCUGUAUACCGUUUAAAUGUAUUAUUAUUUAUUUGACGAAGCACCCGCACAUCCUCCCGAUCAGCACACCCAUGUAUGUAAUUUCAUAAUGUCAUCUGCUGCCCAACCAAAAUCAAAGUGAACACAAAGAGAUGCACACAAAUAUUUUCUAUAUGCGAGAGCCUACAUAUUACGAUGUAAAGGAGCCGAGCAACCAUUAACUGUAUACUAAUGAAAUGAUUUAAAUUAUUGUGUAAUUUUAUUUAUAACCUGCAUAUAUAAAACAUAUUUAUCGAAUUUAUUAUGUAACUUUUCGAUUUAUUUUGAAUUGAAUAAAGAUUUUAUGAAACCUA